GUUCCCAGGCUUGUGGAAGGAUUGAUUGGUCACAAUUGCUCCCAAGUAGCAGCUGCCAAGGAUCACACUGUUGUGUUAACUGAAGAUGGGUGUGUUUUUACAUUUGGUCUCAACAUUUUUCACCAACUAGGAAUUAUUCCCCCACCUUCCAGCUGUAAUGUACCCAGACAGAUACAGGCAAAAUACCUGAAAGGAAAGACUGUCAUUGGAGUAGCAGCUGGCAGGUUUCAUACCGUGCUGUGGACUCGAGAAGCCGUUUACACAUUGGGACUGAAUGGUGGACAGCUGGGUCACUUACUGGAUCCCAAUGGAGAAAAGUGUGUCACUACCCCCCGUCAAGUCUCUGCCCUUCAUCAUAAGGAUAUUUCUGUGUCUUUGGUAGCUGCAAGUGAUGGCGCCACUGUCUGUGUGACCACAAGGGGAGAUAUUUACUUACUUGCAGACUACCAAUGCAAGAAGAUGGCAACUAAACAGCUAAACUUGAAAAAGGUUCUUGUGUCUGGAGGUUGUAUGGAAUACAAGGUUGAUCCUGAACAUUUGACAGAAAAUGGGGGUCAGAAAAUAUGCAUCCUUGCUAUGGAUGGAGCUGGAAGGGUGUUUUGCUGGAGAUCACUUAGCAGUUCUCUGAAGCAGUGCCGAUGGGCUUAUCCACGCCAGGUGUCAAUCUCCGAUAUUGCUUUAAAUAGAAAUGAAAUUCUGUUUGUCACACAGGAUGGGGAAGGAUUUAAAGGGAAAUGGUUUGAAGACAAAAGAAAAACUUCUGAAAAGAAAGCAGACAUUUUACCAAACCUGCAUCAUUCCUCAUCAGAUGUGUCUUGUGUGUCUGAUACAAAUAGUGUGUAUGAAAGAAUUCGACUGGAGAAACUUCCUUUUGCACAUAGAGCUGUUAGUGUCAGCACAGAUGCAAGUGGGUGCAACUUUGCAAUCCUACAGUCAGACCCUAAAACAAGUCUUUAUGAAAUUCCAGUUGUGUCUUCAUCCUCCUUUUUUGAAGAAUUUGGCAAGCUCCUGAGGGAAACAGAUGAAAUGGACAACAUCCACGAUGUGACAUUUCAAGUUGGGAACAGACUCUUCCCUGCUCAUAAAUACGUGUUAGCAGUACGCUCUGACUUCUUCCAGAAGCUGUUUCUUUCAGAUGGCACUCCUUCAGAACUGACAGAUGUGUACCGGAAAGAUGAAGAUGCUGCAGGGUGCCAUCUCUUCGUGGUGGAGAAAGUCCAUCCUGACUUGUUCGAAUACCUCUUACAGUUCAUGUAUACAGAUACUUGUGACUUCUUAACUCAUGGCUUCAAACCAAGAAUCCUCAUGAACAAAAAGCCAGAAGACUGUAAGGGCUCCUCAGAUUCUCAUAUGAAUAAAAUGAAUUGCCACAUGGAUGAUAACCAGAAGGCAGCAUUUGAGGUUUACAAAAGCAACCAAGCUCAUACAAUUAGUGAAAGGCAGAAAAGCAAACACAAAUCUUCCAAAAAGGGAAAAGGUGUUGGGGAAGAUGAUCCUGUAAGGAUGUUGCAAAAUGUUGCAAAGAAAUUUGGCCUCAGUAAUUUGAGUAGCAGGUUAGAUGGAGUCAGAUUUGAAAAUGAAAAAAUUAAUGUUAUUGCGAAGAAAACUGGUAAUAAACUGAAGCUAAGUCAGAAAAAAUGUUCAUUUCUGUAUGAUGUUACCAUGAAGUCCGUGGAUGGAAAAGAGUUCCCCUGCCAUAAAUGUGUGCUCUGUGCAAGACUCGAGUAUUUCCACAGCAUGCUGAGCAGCUCAUGGAUUGAGGCCUCCAGUUGUGCAGCUCUGGAGAUGCCAAUAGAGUCUGAGAUUCUGAAAGUUGUUUUGGACUACCUCUAUACUGAUGAAGCUUUGGUGAUAAAAGAGUCUCAAAAUGUGGAUUUUAUUUGUAGUGUUCUUGUAGUGGCCGAUCAGCUUCUCAUAACUAGAUUAAAGGAAGUUUGUGAAGGAGCAUUGACUGAAAAACUUACCCUUAAGAAUGCUGCUAUGCUGCUGGAGUUCGCAGCAAUGUACAAUGCUCAACAGUUGAAACUGUCUUGUUUACAGUUCAUAGGACUGAAUAUGGCGGCCUUACUUGAAGCAAGGUCCCUUGAUGUUUUAAGUGAGGAUGUUUUGAAGGACCUUUCCAUAUUUUACCGAAAAAUGAUUCCAGCAAUGGAGCGAAGAGUCAUUACACCAUAUCAAGAUGGACCAGAUAUUAGCUACAUGCAAGUAGAUGAUGGGGAUGUCUUUUUCAAAGAAGAAAUAAAUAUGGAACCAAAUUACUCGGAAACCAUGUUCAAGAAGGCAAAAACAAGAGCUAAAAAGAAGCCACGGAAGCGCUCCGACAGUUCUGGAGGCUACAACCUUUCAGAUAUUAUUCAGAGUCCACCAUCUGCAGGAUUAUUAAAGUCUGGUAAGACCAAUUCUGUGGAGUCUCUUCCAGAACUGUUGACCUCAGACUCUGAAGGAAGCUAUGCAGGAGUGGGUAGUCCCAGAGACUUACAGUCGCCUGAUUUUACAGCAGGAUUCCAUUUGGACAAGGUCGAGGUUGGUCUGGGGAAAGCCAAACCGUAUGUGAACGGUACACCUCCUCCAUGUGCCAGGGAAGAUUUCAAACCAUGGGAAAAAUCACCAACAUCUAAAUCUGCUCCCCAGUUCAUUCCCAGGGACAGAGUCGACACUGCAGGCUCUUCCAGUUGGGUUACUGGCUCUUUCAGUCCUACAAGUCCUCCUGUCGUGGAUUUUAGAACCAUCAUGGAAACAGAAGAAAGUAGACAAAAAUAUGGCGCAGUACCAAAGUUAAACUUAGGAAAAAUUAUUUCUCAUGGAGUCAAACUUUCUCAGAGGCAACGGAAAAUGAUUGCAUUGACCACCAAAGAAAACAAUUCAGGAACAAACAGCAUGGAACCAAUUCUAACAGCUCCUUCGAAGUCCCUCAAGCCAGCGAAUGCAUGGGCUUCUCUACACUCACCUUCAUCCAAGUCAUUCCGGGAUUUCUUACUAGGAGAAAAAAAACCUGUUACUGGCCAUGGUUCAGUAGAUCAUGUCAAAAAAGUUGGUUUUAAAGGAAUUGAAAACUCUCAGGCCCUAAAUGUUGUGAGAUGUUCAACUCAUGGAAGUCCAGGACUAGAAAGCAAUCAUGUUUCUGAUUUUCCACUACUAGAGAGUCCCAAUCCUUGGCUGUCUUCCUCACUGGCUGCUUCUACCGCAGUCGCUCCUGUCACUUUUGCGUCUAUUGUAGAAGAAGAGCGGCAACAAGAAGCCGCACUCAUCAGAAGUCGGGAGAAACCCUUGGCUCUCAUUCAGGUUGAGGAGCAUGCGAUACAAGACUUGCUGGUUUUCUAUGAGGCAUUUGGCAACCCUGAUGAGUUUGUCGUCGUUGAGAGGACAGCACAGGGGCCUCUGGCAGCGCCUAUGUGGAACAAGCAUGGGUGCUAGCUCACUGGAGAGAGGCUGCUGCUCCCAAGGUUGUGGUUGCUACACUUACAUAAAGAAAACCCUUGCACAAGCGUUCGUACAUAUUUGGUAGCAUGUUGUUCUAGUCAGAAUAAAAGUGGAUAUGAUUUCUUCCUGUAGUUUAUAAUGUUUGUAUGACUAAUGAGAAAUUUUUCAAAAUUGUGAUUUUAGUAACUGUUAUGUGACGAUGUGUCAGGAAAAAUGUUAGGCUAAUAUUGGUUGGAUUGUUUCUUCUAAAUUACCUUACAAUGGAAAAUAGGGGUGAAGUAUACAGUUUAGGAAUGAUUCAUUAAAAUUCUCAAAUUUUCAUUUGAGAAUAUGAAGCAAUUUAGAAGAGUUUACCACAUAUGUUUUUAAAUAAGAUAUUGAUGAGAUUAAGGUAGGAGCCUCAGUCAUUACUUCUGAUCACUAAUGGCCAGAAUGUGCUGCUUGCCACAGGAAAUGUCUGUUGUUGCCUUUUCAUUGGGCUGUUAAUUUCUUAGGCCUCUUUAAAGUUGAACCUGGUGAAAUGCUGUGUUCUUCCUAGCUGUUCUGGACAGGUUAGUCAACAAUCAUAGCUUCUAUGGGAGAUUUGGAUUCAUGAAUUUUUGUUGGGGUGGGAAGGUAGCAAGAGAGGUCAUAGGAAUGACUAAUUGUGAAAGAAUCAGUUUCUUAAAGUGUUAAGAUUUUCUAAAACAAACAUAGGAUUACUGAAUAGUUUGCCCUAGUGAUUGUUUAUAGUUAAUUUUUUGUACUGUGUAAUCAGAAGUUCUGUGAGCCUAGAUUAUACGUGUACAUGUAAAUUUUGAUUUCUUUAUAGUAUGCUGUUUGGUUUGUUUUUGAGUGUUUAAAAUUAAAAGGAAAAUGAUGUUAAAAUGUGUACUUUGAUAUGUAGAUAAAAUGAGAAUGUUAAUGCCUAAGUUCUGGGAAAGAUUCCUUGGGAAUAUGUAGGCAGUUUACCGCUUGACUUCAGUUCAUGGGAAAUUGACUGAAGCUAACUCAGUGUUUCAGUUCAGUUCCACCCACAAGCAGCAGAUGUGUAAGCAAACAUGCAAUAAAAAGUAAUCUUGAUCCACUUCA